GCAAGAAAAGAAGAGGAGAAGACAUGGUGAUAAACGUGAUCCACUUCACUCGCAGCUGUACUCUCCAAUUUAAUCUUCGUCCCCGAAUCCUCCAUUAUUGUCGAGAAGGAUCUCCAAAAUCUGCAGCAACUACACUGUCCUUAAAAAAUGACAACCAUUUCCGCCGAUUUCGGAAAACGUCGCCUUCGAUGGAAGCGCUUGUCGGUAGUUCCCUGCUCGGAAGGUUUCCAAGCACGAAUUUCGCCGUCGGCGAUAAUCAAAUUCCUGCCCCACAAGUUUUUGAGGAUGACCAAUCUCUCAAGCUGAAGAAAAAAGUUACAGAGAUAUCUCCUGAACUGAAAGGGACCUCCAUAUUUCUUGUUGGUAUGAACAGCACCAUGAAAAACAAUGUGGGGAAACUUCUAGCGGAUGCAUUAAGAUAUUACUAUUUUGACAGUGAUAGUUUGGUUGAGCAAGUUGCAUGUGGUGAAAAUGCUGCUAAUUCUUUGAAGGAAAGAGAUGCAGAGGGAUUUCGUGAGUUUGAGACUGAAGUAAUGAAGCAGUUAUCAUCCAUGGGUCGCCUGGUUGUUUGUGUUGGAGAUGAUGCAGUUCAAAGUUCAGUUAACCUGGCUCUUCUAAGGCAUGGAAUAUCAAUAUGGAUUGAUGUUCCUCUUGAUAUAAUCGCCAAAGAAGACAUGGCUGCAAUAACAUGCACAACUUCAGGCUCCUCUGAGGCGUUGGCUAUGCUAACUAAGCUUUAUGAGGACUUGAGAAGUGGAUAUGCCAUGGCAGAUGCAACAGUCUCACUUCAAAAUGUAGCUUUCCGAUUAGGUUAUGACAAUAUGGAUGCAGUGACUACAGAACACAUGGCUAUUGAGACACUAAAAGAGAUAGAGAAGCUGACAAGAGUGAAGAAGAUGAUGGAAGCCGCAGCAAGACCAUUCUAGCCAGAGCAAAGCUUUUCCAGAGCCAUGUUCUCAUCACCACCUACAACUUCCAAAGUUGCCCUUACCAAGCCCUCAGGGAAGCCCAUCUCCACCAAUUUUUGUACCUGUUACCAAGAAUAGCCUUUUCAAGUU